AUCGAAAUGACGUCAUGUUUUGACGUUUGACGUCUUGCCAUGCUAAAGCUGUUAAAAAUAAAAUAAAAAACAGAAAGUUAAAAUAGAAAUAAUUAAUGAUUUAAAGAGCGAAACGUAAAGGAAAGUUGUUUAGCAGGAGCUGAGUGAGAAUGAUAUUAUUCUGGUGAAUCGUAAAAUCUGUGUUAUUAAUAAAUUAAGUCGAUUGAAACGGAGAUGAACAAAUUUGCGGAUUAUUUUGUAAUUUGUGGAUUGGAUUAUAAUUCAGGAUUGGAAUCGGAUAGAUUUACGGUAGAUGAUAAUUUGCACACUUCACCUUUGGAACGGCCUUAUAAAUCUAAAAUUUUAGCACAUUACCCCGAAAAUGUUAAACAUAAUCCGUUUGAUCCGGCAGCUGUGGCAAUGUUUUGUUUGCCAAACGGUCUCAGAUUUAGAACACAAAAACACUCGGUUACUCAAGUACCUAAUUUUCACUCAUUUAUGAUAACGAGAGAAGAUGGAAAGCGUUCAUACGGAUUCAGUCUUAUUUUUUAUGAAGAAGUUAAAAACCGAGAUAUUUGUAGUGCCAUGCAAACUUUACAAGCUAUGUAUGUUACCGAGUUAUCCAGUGGGUUAAAACCGAAAUCGAUACAAAAUCAAACAAUAACACCCCAAUCGAGAUCACUGCCAAGACAUUUUAAAUUAAGCACUCCAAGUCCUGGAGGAGUAUCAUUAACUUAUUAUGAUAUAAGUAACGAUAAGCUAUUUGUAUCAAAAAGUAUUGGAAUUAUUUGUCAAAUUCCUUAUGUUCAGGCAGCUAAAACGUUUUUAGAGAAUCUAUACAGAUGUGUCCCCAAAAGAUCUACCCCAGUAGGGCUAAGUUUAGAAAGUUAUAUAUUUAAUUUAUUAUACGAGGUUGAAACACCGUCGCCGGGUCGAAGCUUAUUAGUUCAUUUACCACCUUGUGAUCCAAAACUACCGUUAACAAACGUAAUACUCCAAAAUCCUAGUCCUAUCGUUGAAUUACCUCAUUUCGAUUAUUCCUUAAGACUUAUGUUUCUUUGGUUAGGCGUUGAUAUCGUCGUUCAAUUAUUUACCUGCCUCCUCCUUGAAAAUCAAAUUUUAUUAAGAAGUGCCGAUAGCCAAAGGUUAAUGGUGGUCGCAGAAGGGAUCACUGCAUUGUUAUUUCCAUUUUCUUGGCCACACGUUUAUGUUCCAAUAUUACCGGCGUCGUUACAUCACUUUUUGGACGCUCCUGUACCGUUUGUAAUGGGUUUAUAUGCUUCAUCUGAAAACAUAAAAGUAGCCUCAGAGGCGAGUUUAUGCUACGUAGACAUCGAUAAAUGCAAAGUACAACUUCCGGAAGAAAUGCCGGCGUUUCCCAAUCUUGACUCAUUUUCGGAUGAAAUUAAUUGUACUUUAGAUAAAUACGGAGUUCAUACACCUAACAUUGAAAAUACACGCAAUAAUCAAGAUAUUAUGUCACGGAGUUGCACACUCCCUGGGCGACCACAAAACCGGCGUAAAUUAUCAAUUCACGAUACUUUAGAUACUGAUAGGCCUCCAUCUCCACCUGGUUCAGCACGAUCGGAAGCUUUACAAAGAAUAGCCGAUAUUGUACGAAGAACCGGUGUGGCUUUAGAUCAAAACGAUGCUCCUCAACAACCGACGGAUUCUUACAUGGAAGAUUUAAGGUUUAAUAAUUCAAUUCGUGAAAUUUUUUUGAAUCGUUUCGUUCACAUUUUUCAAUCGUACGAUAAUUUCGUAAUUUUUCCCAAUCAAAGUCGUGAGGAUUGGCUUAAUAAUCGCGAUACGAUGCAGAAUUUCGAUAAGGCGUCGUUUUUAUCCGAUCAACCCGAUCAACAUCGAUUAUUUUUAUGGCGCUUUUUGGAGUCGCAAAUGUUUACGACGUUCGUUGAUAAUAAAAUUUUAUCGCAAUGGGGCGAAAUCGACAAUAAUUUGCAAAUUUUCGAUACUAGAAUAAAAAUUUUAAAGGAAAGGUACGGUGGAGAACAUUUUUUGACGCGAUCUACUUACGAACCGUGCACGAGCGCGCAUGAUACCCAAAAAUUAUUAGAUCGUAGAAUGACGAAUCCCGAUUUCGAAUCGCCGUAUCCUAAAGAAAUUAUGAACCAUCCAAGUUCGAUAUCGCGCACUUUUCCUUUAUUAGACAAAGAAAUUUUGAAUAAAACCCCAAUCGUUAAUAAGGGAAGUAUACCGAGGGCGAAUGCUUUAAAGAAAACGUCUUUAUUUUCGUUUAAUUCGCGCACAAUUAAUUUAAACAUUGAGAAAUGUGAGAAACAAGGGAUUAAUCAAUCGGAUAUGUCGCCCGCUUUACUUGCGCAAACUAAUUGGAGUUUUGUUGAGAAAUUAUUAAAAGAUUGUAAGGUUAAAACGAAAAGGAUGGUUUUGGCGAAAUUGGGAGCUGAAGGAGUUACGUUAUCUAGUACUAAUUGUAUGGAUAGUUCUGGGUCGGUUGAGGAGAAUAUUUUAGUUGCUUCAUUGUGCGAUUUUUUGGAAAGGGUGUGGUCGCACGGGGUGCAAAGGAAACGAGGAAAAUCUGCGUUAUGGUCCCAUUUGCUUAUUUAUCAAGAGUAUCAUCAACCAAUUAAAAAAUUGGAUAAUCAACAUUUAUCACCAGCUGAUAUUUCUAGGUUAGCUUUAGGAAUGGAAAAUUGGUCAAGUAGUAGUAGCACAGAAAAUAAAAACAUGAAAUGUGAAUUACCACCACUUCCAGAAUCUCUUUUAUUCGAUAUCACGAACGUACAAAUGAUGUCAGAUGUAAAAAGUGGUAUUGGAAUGGCUAGAACUUGGGUUCGGCUUGUUUUGGAAAAGAAACAACUUUCAAAACAUUUCCGAAUGUUACUUUCGGACCAAAACAUCUUAAAAACGAUUUAUAAACGAGCGGCUUUUCUACGAUGCGAAGAGGAAAAGGAACAGUUUUUAUAUCACCUUUUAAGUUUAAAUACGGUUGAUUAUUUUUGUUUUACUGGCACAUACCACACCACUGUGAUAACUUAUCGUAUAGUAAUUGUGCCAACAAAAAGAGGAACAAUAACAUCCGCAAACGUAUGGUUCGUAGCUUCCGGUACACUACUUGAAACCGGAAGAUUAUCCGUGCCAAGAAACGCGCUUAAUUUCGAAAUUAAACACAAAAAUCUCGGAGUUUUAACCACACUACGAAUUGGCCAUGAUAAUUCCGGGUUAUCGGCGAAAUGGAUGAUCGAUUACGUUUUGGUUCGCAAUGAAAUUACUGGCCAUACUUAUCAUUUCCCGUGUGGUCGAUGGUUAGGAAGAGGGGUAGAUGAUGGCUCAACGGAACGUUUACUCGUUGGUACAUUAAUAAAACAACAAACCGAUGAUGAAUCUGGAUCGUCUUCUAACCCUGGAAGUUUAAAAAAGCGAAACACAAUUCGUAGCCAAUCACCUGGCCCACCAAGAAAUGAGUUUAAACCAUCGCAAAUCCAACACAUGCUUGGUGAUUGCGUUAAUAAUAUAGUAAAAUGGCAUUAUAGGCGUAGUUCAGAACGAAAUACUACACUUACAGCUUUGUUAUGUGGUGAUACCGGAUUGGUUAAGUGUUUAGAGUUGGUGUUUUUGCUUGGGUUUCGAUCGGCUAGAUUAUUCGUUUUUAAUCAUUAUCUUUGGGAUUAUUUUGUAAGAGUUAAAGAACAAUUUGAAUAUGAUUUAAUGGAAGAAACCUCGGGAAAUCGUUCAAUUUCCGUUGAAAGAAACCAUCAAGAAACCGUUGCAGUUUGGCGAUGUUAUUGUCAUUUAGUCGAUGAAAUCCAAUCGGGGAGUAAAGCGUUAGGGAAAGAUGGAAAAUUCCAAUUAUUUAUUUGUUUGAGUGUUAGAGAACAUUUGUUACACAGGAUGUUGUUGCCAAUGGCUAAUUGUAAAGUAACGACGGAAAUGUACGAAGAAAAUUCGUUUUUAAGGAAGCAAGGUUUAUUAACGUUCUUACGACAAAUUUUAUUGCCACUGGACGAGUUAGAUGUCGUCUUGGAAAAUUCGGUUACUCACGGAAUCCCUUCACCAUCAACACAUUAAUUAACGAGUCAUUUGUUCAAGACAAAUUAUUAGUACAAAUAAGAAUUUUUCCUUUUU